CUGCGUAGCGGGCUGAGAGGCUGGGGGCGGAGGGGCCCCGAGCCGGGCGCCUUAUCUUCGUCUGCGGCGGGGCUGGCUGCGUCGCCGGCCUCGGGGACCUGGAGAGCCGCCCUGCGCCGACCGCCCCGCCUGCAUCCCCUGCGACGGCUUCCCGGCUGUGUCCUCCCUGCGGAGGUUCCCGCCGCCGGGCUGCGGCCCCAGAUAACACAAUGGUGGGUGAGGAGAUGUCUCUGAGAAAUCGGCUAUCCAAGGCCAGUGAAAAGCCUGAAGGAAAAGAAGACCAGGGAAACCCUACAAAGGAGUCCCUAGAGUCACCUAAUAAUGGUCGGUUAGACAUAAAACACUUGAUAGCAAAGAAGAUACAGUUGACAGCAGAGGCAGAGGAAUUGAAGCCAUUUUUUAUGAAGGAAGUUGGCACUCACUUUGAUGACUUUGUGACCAAUCUCAUUGAAAAAUCAGCAUCAUUAGACAAUGGUGGCUGUGCGCUCACAACCUUUUCUGUUCUUGAAGGAGAGAAUAACCACAGAGCUAAAGAUCUCAGAGCACCUCCAGAACAUGGAAAGAUUUUCGUUGUGAGGCGAUCUCUCUUAGAUGAGCUGUUCGAGGUGGACCACAUCAGAACAAUUUAUCACAUGUUCAUCGCCCUGCUCAUUCUCUUUAUCCUCAGCACCCUCGUAGUGGAUUACAUCGAUGAAGGAAGACUGGUGCUUGAGUUCAGUCUCAUGUCUUAUGCUUUUGGCAAACUUCCUGUUGCUAUUUGGACGUGGUGUGCCAUGUUCUUGUGCACACUUUCACUUCCCUAUUUCCUCUUUCAACAUUGGGCCAGAGGCUACAGCAAGAGUUCUCAUCCAGUGAUCCACAGUGUCUUCCAUGGCUUGCUUUUCAUGGUCUUCCAGAUUGGAAUUCUAGGUUUGGGACCAACAUGUAUUGUAUUAGCGUAUACACUGCCACCAGCUUCCCGGUGCAUUGUUAUAUUCGAACAGAUUCGUUUGAUAAUGAAAGCCCAUUCAUUUGUCAGAGAGAAUGUGCCUCGGAUCCUAAAUUCAGCUAAGGAGAAAUCAGGCACUGUCCCGGUACCCACCGUCAACCAGUACUUGUACUUCUUGUUUGCUCCUACCCUCAUCUACCGUGACAACUAUCCCAGGACUCCCACUGUAAGAUGGGGUUAUGUUGCCAUGCAGUUUGCACAGGUUUUUGGUUGCUUAUUUUACGUGUACUACAUCUUUGAAAGGCUCUGCGCCCCCUUGUUUCGGAAUAUCAAGCAGGAACCCUUCAGCGCACGUGUUCUGGUCCUGUGUGUUUUUAACUCCAUCUUGCCAGGUGUGCUGAUACUGUUUCUGACCUUUUUUGCCUUUUUGCACUGUUGGCUCAAUGCCUUCGCUGAGAUGUUACGCUUUGGUGACAGGAUGUUUUAUAAGGAUUGGUGGAACUCCACAUCAUACUCCAACUAUUACAGGACCUGGAACGUGGUGGUUCAUGACUGGCUGUAUUACUAUGCUUACAAGGACUUCCUCUGGUUUUUCACUAAGAGAUUCAGGUCGGCCGCCAUGUUAGCUGUCUUCGCGGUGUCUGCGGUCGUGCACGAGUAUGCCCUGGCCGUUUGCCUGAGCUUUUUCUACCCAGUGCUCUUCGUGCUCUUCAUGUUCUUUGGAAUGGCUUUCAACUUCAUUGUCAAUGAUAGUCGGAAAAGGCCAAUUUGGAAUGUUAUGAUGUGGACUUCUCUUUUCGCGGGCAAUGGAGUCCUCCUGUGCCUUUAUUCUCAAGAGUGGUAUGCACGGCAGCACUGUCCUCUGAAAAACCCCACAUUUCUGGAUUAUAUCCGGCCACGUUCCUGGACUUGUCGUUAUGUGUUUUAGAAGUUUGUACUUGGUUUCCAACUUUGAACUGACGAUUGGGUAUUCUGCCUGAUUGGGGGCCAGCAUCCAUUUCCAGCUGUUACUGAAGUUAUCUGUGUUAUUUGGACCACUCCAGACUCUACAGAUCACUCACUCUAUUCCUAAGUCACCUGAAGCUGAGUUGUCGAACGUUUAUUGGAAUCUUGUAUACUUAAGCAAUACUUUUUUUCCUUUUUGGGAGAAGGGAGACUUAGAGCUAACGUAAUGACAAAUUUUUGCUGGGUCAUAUUGGCUUAAGCCUCAGAAAUUAUAUCUGUUUUGUUUCUUGACUCUAUUUAAUUAGAGACUAAACAUGUUUUCUCGGCCACUGAGUUAGCCAAAACACUUAUGAAGAAAUUAUUUAAAUACCUCUGGCUUAGAAAUUUUUCUCAUGCACAAUGUUGGAAUGUAUGCUAGUUAACCAUGCGAUUGGGAAAGAAAAGAAAAUAUUAUGGAACGUUUUGCUAUUUCUAGUAGAAAGAGAAAAUAUCUAUUUUCCAAAGACAAUCUUUUUUAUAUAUCCUCAUUUGUGUUUGUUUUUUGUUUUUUUUUAAAUUCAGUUCUACUCAAUUUUUACCUUGUUUUCAUUAUAUAGUGUAAGUCAUGAUUUCUGUGAAGCAAAACUACACCUUUUGCCUUGAAUUUUUGAGUUUGCAUUCAUAAUAUUAUAUAUUGAGGGAAUAAAAGUAGGAAGGGAAACAGAAAGAAGACACAGGACAAAGAAAAAUAUUUCC